AUGGCCUCGAUAGAGAAAGAAUUGCUCCAUACAACGCUCAAAAGCAGCACGUUGGACAGCAAUACGGGCAGUCCCGCAGAGUCCAAUCAUGAUUACAAUGAUAAGGACGAGAACAACUAUCUCCAGUACUAUGAGGAAAACAUAUCCUUUACAAGGACAAAAAAGGUGAAGAUCACAGUACGAGAUUUGUCCAUAGGAUCGCUGUUUUCUGGCUCGCAGAGAAGUCUUGCAAAUGUCCUCAAGCCAUUCUCAAAAAAAAAUCCAAUAGACAUUGAGUCUGCAGAAUCGAUAAAAACCAUUCUACAUCCGAUGUCCUUUGAUAUUCCCUCCAACUCUUUGACUUGUAUAGUCGGAGGGAGUGGCUCGGGAAAAACAACGCUAUUGAACCGUCUGGCGAACCGGAAGUUUAGCAAGAAAGCAAUGUUCACACAAGGUGUGGUCAAAUACAACGAUCAGGAUGAUCUAAGUAGUUACAGGCAUGCGUAUGUUAUCCAGCAGGACAUUUUAAUUCCGACGUUGACUUGCUCUGAGAUGUUGAUGUAUUCUGCAGAACUGAAGUUACCCAAGUUAUCUUCAAAAGAGCAGCGCAAGCUUUUAGUUGAUGAAAUUAUUCUGACUUUGGGACUAAAAGAGUGUAAAGACACUUUAAUUGGAGACAAAAAGCAUAAAGGUUUGAGUGGCGGUGAAAAACGACGUUUAAGUGUUGGUUUACAGCUGAUUUCGAAUCCGUCUGUGCUUUUUCUUGAUGAACCAACCACAGGUUUGGACAACUACAAUGCGUAUCUCCUGUGUAAAUCCUUUCAGCAUAUUGCCAAAAGACUAAACAAAACUAUCAUAAUGAGUAUCCACCAGCCCAGAGCGGACAUCUUUAAGUUGUUUGAUACGGUUCUCAUAUUGUCGAAGGGAAAACUCUGUUAUGGGGACUCAUACAGCAAGAUUUUCAGCCACUUUGAUUCUCUUGGCUACAGAAUCCCUGAGACUAAGGUUAAUCCUGCAGAUUUCUUUAUUGAUAUAACUAGUAUCGACACACGUACUAAGGCCCAGGAGGUUGAGUCUUAUGAGAGAGUAGAGUCUAUCUCAAAUGUUUGGAAAGAGAAAAUGAAAAGCUUCCAAGCUAUAUGUGACACGGACCUGCAGUCGGAAGAUAUUGUGCAAGAAUCAGAGUUGUUUCAAGCUGUCGGUCGUGCUCCAUUUUGGAGAGAAGUCAACAUUCUAAUUAGAAGAAACUUAAAACUACAAUACCGUGAUCCUGUUGGUUGGUUUUCAAUUGUGUUUGAAGGAUUAUUUUUAGGACUUUUAUGCGGUUGGUUGUUUUUCAAGCCUGGAACAAGUGUGGCAGGUAUGAGAUCAAUUGAGUCGUCGUUGUAUUCAACGUGCUCCCUUCAAUGUUACCUUUUCCUCUUGUACGAAAUCUAUCGUUUGUGUAACCUAGAUUUGAAGGUUUUUGACAGAGAAAGGAUGGAAAAUUGUGUUUCUGUCUCUGGAUUCCUCCUUGCUAGAAGAGUGAGUAAAUUGAUUACUGAGGACUUCUGGAUUUCAUUAUUCUUCUCCUUGACUACAUACUUCAUGUAUGGCUUGAGACUUGAUUCGGCAAAAUACUUUUUCAAAUAUUUUGCAGGCUGCUUAAUAUUCCAUUUGAACACAAUGACAUUUGCCACCUUUGCCGCAUCUUUGAGCAGAGAUGUGUCAAUUGCUACUUUAAUAGGUAACUUGAACUUCACCUUUCAGUCAAUGACAAAUGGUUUGUUUGCGAACGCAAAACAGUUACCGGUGUACGUGAGGUGGUGUAAAUAUGUGGCGUAUCUCUGGUACUCAUUUGGCUAUUUGGCUAGUAACCAAUUUUCAAACUACCGUAGUGAAUGCUAUACAAUAAAUGCUGACAAUCCUGACGUCAAUCAAAUAUGUUAUCAGUACUCUGGUAAAUACAUCUUAAACAAUCUAGGGUUUUGGGAAAACUGGGAUGCUCUCCCUAUUUGUGUGGUCCUAGCAUUUGCAAUAGGCCACUACGUUGCAGCAGGUCUAAUUCUUUAUAUUAAACCACUUGACAUGACAAUGGGCAAAGAAGUGAAAUCAUCAGAUAGUAUCGACAAUUCCAUAGAUUAUUCACAAAUGGUUGAAGAUAUCAAACACCAGCGACAACAAAAUGCAUUGAUUAGUACUGAAAACGGAGAUGUUGAUUCAAUAACUCUAGUUGUCAAAAAUAUUAACCUAAGCGUCACAAAUAAGUUAAAGAAGUCAUCAAAGGAAAUUUUGCAUAAUGUCAGUGCUGUAUUUCACUCCAAGAAACUUAAUGUAAUUAUGGGACCUUCAGGUUCUGGGAAAACAUCUUUUUUGAAUUUGAUAAGUGGUAGAUUAUCUUCAAAUUUGAUGACACAAUACACCUCAUCUGGUGACAUUUACCUUAACAAUUAUCAAAUAGAAGAUUACCAUAUGAUCCGCCAUGUUUGUUCCUACGUCGUUCAAGAAGAUGAUCAUUUGCUUUCAGCUUUAACAGUGAGAGAAACACUGAGAUAUGCUGCGAGAUUAAGACUAUCCAAAUCAUCUUAUACUCUUUCGGAGAAGCAUACAGUAGUGGAUGAUAUCAUUCUCAAAAUGGGAUUAAAGGAUUGUGCCAAUACUUUGGUAGGAAACGAUUUGAUCAAGGGUAUUUCGGGUGGAGAAAAACGAAGACUGUCUAUUGCAAUUCAAUUAAUAUCCUCCCCUAAAAUCCUCUUUUUGGAUGAGCCAACAUCAGGUUUGGAUUCGUUUACGGCAGCUUCUAUUGUUGAAUGUCUUGAAAACUUAACUAAGCAAGGAACGACUAUUAUUAUGACUAUCCAUCAGCCAAGAACCUUAGAUCAUUUUGGCUCUGUUUUACUACUUGCAAAAGGUGGUAAGGUGGCAUUUGAUGGUAAAGAAGACAAGAUUAUUCCAUACUUUGACUCAAUAGGUUAUUCUGUUCCUCACCUUACAAGUUUGGCAGAUUUUGUGAUUGAUUUGAUUUCAUACAAUACUUCUAACAAGGAAAUUGAGGAGCAGACACGAGCAAGGGUGACACAUAUUAUAAAUUCUUGGGCAGCAGUCACAGAUAUUCAGAUUCCAAAGAACGCUCUCAUACUCAAUAGCAAGUCACAAGUGAGAGAGACUUUCAAAUCAACCAUCAAAGAACCUGCCAGUUUUGUUAUUGGAUUUUGGGUUUUGACUUCCAGACAAUGGGUUGGAUUGGUGAGAGAUAAGAACAUUUUAAUUGCUCGUACCACACAAAUCUUGGGAAUGGCAAUCAUUCUUGCUUUAUUUUUUUCCAGGCUUAAGCAUAACACAACCAGUAUUCAAGACAGACUAGGUUUAAUUCAACAGAUGACGGCUUUAUACUUCACUGGCAUGUUAAACAAUUUAGCUGCAUAUCCUCAGGAGCGAGACUAUUUUUAUGACGAAUACAAUGACGAUGUUGUUGGUUUGAACUCAUUUUUCUUCAGUUACUUUUUCAUCGAAAUACCGUUUGAAGUCGUCUCAUGUUUUGUCUUUACCAUCUUCAUGGUAUUUGUAAUUGGGUUCCAAACUGAUGCAAAGCUAUUUUUCACAAUCUUUUAUACAACAUUCUUGAUUGUCAAUGCCGGGGAGUCUUUAGGUAUAUCUUUCAAUACGGUAUUCGAGCAUCCUGGCUUUGCGCUUAAUGUCAUUUCUGUGUUUUGUUCCAUUGGUGUGGCAAUGGCUGGUCUAUUGGCUAUGACUCUAGAUGGAUUCUUGAAAGCUCUGAAUUACACAUCGCCUCUUCAUUACUGUGUUAUGCUAAUCUCAAAUCAAGUUUUCACAUCAUCUUUGAGAUUAACAUGUACUGCAAACGAAAGAUUGUCGAAUGGGGAAUGUUUGUUUAACAGCGGCAAACAGGUUUUGGAUCAAUACAAUUUGAAGGUGGAUAUGACUCUUUACUACGUACUAAUUUCAGUCGUAACAGUCCUUCAAAGGGUGAUCAGCUGGGUCUUUUUGAGGGUGAAAUUGAUGAAAAUCAGUACUAAGAAAUUGAAGAAAAAUUGA